ACGAACACAAUGUCAUCAAGUAUUAUAACCAAACAGAAUCUGUGGAAAUAUUAUGUGAAACUGUCGGAUUUUAAAGCACAGUGCAUGUUUUGCGAAAAGAAAUACUAUUACGUAAUGGCUAUAAACUUCCAAACGCAUAUAACAAUACAUCAUAAAAAAAUUUGGAAAUGCGAAGAAGAGAGAAAACUAAUAAAAAAAGGGCCGUGGAUGUAUUUCAAGUAUUUAAACGAAUUAUAUUCACGAUGUAUUAUCUGUGAUGUAAAUGUUCUGUCUACAUCUGUAGAAAAUCAUUUAAAUACGCAUUCUGAAAAACAACGGAAGAAUCGUAAAUAUCGCAAUUGGCUAUGGAAAUAUUGUCGAAAAAGAAAGGAUUUUCUAGUGGAGUGUGAUAUUUGUCAUAAAAACUUAUCUCUUUCUAUUCAAAGACAGCUGAGUUAUCAUAUAAAAGUGCAACAUUUGGAUGAAUUGAAAAAUACGCAAGAAAUACACGACACAGUUGCUUCGUCAAAAUGCGUUUCGUUACUUGAAACGGACAUAAUGUCUACGACACAGAAUAUUGCAACUAAAAAUUAUCUGUGGGCAUAUUAUAUAAAACUAUCGGAUUAUAAAGCUCAGUGCAUGUUUUGCAAAAAGGAAUACUAUUAUAUAAUUGCUACAAACUUUAAAACGCAUAUAACAAGACACCAUAAAAAAAUUUGGAAAUACGAAGAAGAGAGAAAACUAUUAGCAAAAGAGUGGAUGUGUUUCAAGUAUUCAAACCAAUCAUAUUCACGAUGUAUUAUCUGCGAUACAAAUGUUCCGUCUACAUUUGAAUCUAUAAGAAAUCAUUUAAAUUUGCAUUCUGAGGAACAAUGGAUGGAUCGUACAUAUCGUAGUUGGCUAUGGAAAUAUUGUACGAAAAGAGAUAAUUUUGAGGGUCUCCUCGUGCUUGCCAAAAUUCCUCUUUUUUUUCGACGUACAUCCAGCCGUGUCCGUAUUAGGAAACCUGUAGCCAUUGUGCCUGGCUCUCUCAAACGACGAACGAUGGGAAACGAUGACGACGAGGACAACAACGAUCGCCUCACCGCCGUCUCUUUCUGCCACGUCCUCUUCCCUCCAAUUGAUAAUAAUUGCGAAAACAACCUACAAAAGAGGUGA